AUGUCACAUUUUUUACCCCUAAUAAACAUUGAACCACCAACGACGCAAAAUGUCAGCACCAUAUGGCUUUUGGCCACUCUGGGAAGGUCCAAUAACAAUCAAUCUACAGCAUCAGUCUCCACUAGGGCUCCCGUAAAAAGGAAGGAUAUUAUUAACGUAUCAAUACCACAAACUUGCCAAAUAAUUCAAAAGAGUGAGGGGCAGCUUUCGUUGAGACAUGUUUCUAAUUUGAUGUACGGUGUCACGGUUUGUUACAAUAAGAAAAGCGAAUUCAUUCUCAAUGAUUUGGAAACUUUGUUAGUUCAAUUACAGAGGAGGGAAAAGUAUAUCUUACUCAAUUCCAAAAAUAUUAUAAAUUCAAGCUCCACUGAGAGAAGAGUCGGUGCCCGCACGACUGGUGUAAAUCAUCUAAGGAACAACGAUGCUAAUGUUUUCUUCUUGGACGACCCAGCGUUUGAUAUUAUGGAUAUUGGUACAUUCACUUUACAUGAAUCUUCACUUGAUACUAAUCAAGGCUCCAUUAGAAAAUUUGACUAUUUGAAUGAACUUAAAAAUACGAACAAAUUUGAUGAUUAUGUUGGUACCAAGAACCAUGAGGCCGACGACAACUUCGAUGAUAUUGAGAUGAAUUCAAACCUGGAUUUAGAGUUAGGUUUGGACCUUGACUUGAACUUUAAUCUACAAGGGGAAGAUGAGGUUGAUGGUGCUGUUCAUGGAACUUCAACAACCCCUACCACAAGUCAUAAUGAUUUCGAUCAAAGCUUUAACUAUAACGAGCAACAAAUUGAUUUGAACUUUGAACCUUCUGAAAAUAAUCUAGAACAGCAACCUUUGACUCAAAAAUUACCAGAAUUGGAUAUAGAAAAUGAAAGGGAGGCCUCCCUGGAUGCAGAGUCAAUUAUCGAUGAACCACCAUUAAAGAAAAUUAAAAGAAACUCUUUCCCAAAUAUCAUCUCAACACAAAUAUUGAAGGUUGAUGAAAGAACUGGUAUUGCAACUGAAAUGUUACGCUACAAUAAUGAACAUUAUCUAGAACAGAUGGAAAAUAAAAAACAACAGAUGAGUGGUUCAACAACAAGAGCAACUAAAGAUAUAGAAAAUAUGUUAUUCCCUUACCAACAGAUUUCCAAAAAUAUUCCCUUCUUACAUGGUUGUUAUACAAAUUUAUUAUUUUCCUCCUAUACAUCUGACGACUGGACCAGUUCUUUAGGUUCAAGGGCAAUUGAACGAGGCAGAAGAAGGUUACCUUCCUUUACAAUGUCCUCGUCUUCAAGAUCUACAAGUGUUCCCAGCAAUGAACAAGGAAGACGAAGUGGUGGUCCGGCUCAGCAUAAGGCAUUAAGCGAGUUAUUUGAUAAUGGCAAUGACUUGCUGCUACAUUUGGAACAGAUUGAAGAAGAUAUUGAAGAUCAUCUUAACAAUGAUCCUGAAGCUUUCAUGGAUAUAAAUUUGAAUCUACCACCCUCUAGCUUUGGUAGGAAUACAAGUAGAUCAAAUACCAACACCACUCCAACAGGACGUGAACAUGAUGUGGUUGAUAUUUUAAAAACAAAAACGGGGGAUAGAAGACCCUUUGGCACUUCCUCACACAGUGGAACAGUCAAUGCAGCUGUUUCUUCUAGCUGUCAAGCAAAUGAAUCAUCAAAAUCCCAAUUUCAAAUAGAUCAUCAAACAAGAAGAUUCUACGACUAUAUAAAGGAAAGGGCAGAAUUUAUUGGUGUCUCGUCCUACUCAAACCCAUCUUUCACCAAGAAGAUCCUGUUUGAAGACAUUGUCCCCAGUGCCAUGACAGACACUAGUGAAACGACACAAAAAGUGGACAAAUGCAUUGCAGCGGGUGCCUUUUUUUCCUUACUAAAUCUUGCUACGAGGGAUAUGGUCCAACUUCAAGAGUUUGAAACGCAAAACCCCUCGAGAAACCAGUCCCAGUUCCAUCUUUUCAAACCAGAUGAAAUCAUAAUAAGAGUCUGA